AUGUCCGGAUACUACAAUAGAAGGCCGACUAAUGGUUCUUCAAGGCCGCCGAAGAGAUCCUACAACCACUAUUCACAAUAUAAUCACAGUUAUGAUUCAACUGGAGGAAAACGAUAUUACCAAAAUAACGGCUAUAGUGAUGAACAUUAUCAAGAUAAUUCCUAUUCAAGUAGAGAUAACUUUCACCAAUCGCGAGAUUAUAAUAAAUAUUCUUCAAAUAACCAAACUUACACUUCAAAACAAAAUGGGAACUCAAGCAAUGUCUCUAUAAAAUCUGCAUUAAGAAGACCUUCUCCGAAAUUGAAGUAUAAUACAAAGUUCUUCAUGGAUAAACUGCAUUAUUUCGAUCCUUUCAAAAAGGCUUUGAUCCAUCAAAAUAAAAUGAAGCCCUGGAAAGACAUGGAUAGCAAAAAUGAAUAUCCCAAGAAUGGAUUCGUAAUUGCACAAGAAAAGAUAGAAAACAAACUACGAACAGUGAUGAAGGAAAUAACAGUAAAUAAAGGAAUUAAGCAUUCUUUAGAUCCUCGUAAAAAUAUCAGCAAAAAAGCACAAUCGACCUCUAGAACAAAAUGUAAAAGUACCUUGAAAGAUAUUCCAAAAAUAUUAUAUGAUAAAUACUCAAUAGGCCCACCACCUCCAAGUGAAAUUGUUGUUUAUCCGAAGGGAGCAGUAAAUAGUAUAUCCGAAGCAUCUGUUAAAAAUUACUUCAAAUCAUUCGGUGGCAUUUCUAACUUCGAGUCCUUCAAUGAUCCAAAUAGUGCUAUCUCAUUGAACAUUUAUUUAAUAAAAUUUGAUAGUCCAAACGGAAAGAUUCAAGAUGCAAUCAAAUCAGCUAAUAAUGCAGUAGAUAAGCAUACCAAAAAUGAUUGUAUUAUUAUGGGAUCAGGAUUCAAUGUAACAUUAAAUAAAAAUGAUUUUUUGAAAACAAUAAUUUCUAAAACUAUUGCUAAAAAUGAAUUGAAAGCAAAAGAACUUAAAAUUGAGAUGUUAACUAAUGAAAGAACUGCUAAACUUAAUGGUUCCAAUUCUAAUAAUACAACUGUAGAACAAGCUGAUAGAAAACAUAUUUUUAAUGAUAGAAAAAUACCAGUAGAUAUUGUGGAGACUGUAAAUAAUAGACCGACUCUUUUCGUUCCAAAAACGUUUACAAUAAAUCAUAAUUUUAGUGUGGAAGAUUUUAAAAUAAAACUAAGAAGGUACAGAUGGGCCAGGAUACUAGAUCACAAGUAUGGGUUUUACAUUGUCUUCAACGACAUGAAACAUGCAAGAGAAUGUCUAACAAAUGAGUCUGGAUCUCUUAAAAUAGUAUCCAGGACUAGAAAUUAUCCUGUUCCUAUUAGAUUUAAAUUGAUCUCAUCUGAAUUAACUCCUGCCCCUGCAAUAUCUCGUAAACAUGAUUUAGUAUUUCCAACAAAGCCUGCAAUGAAAGUCUAUGGUAAUAAGAAAGAGUUAUUUGAAGCUACAACAAAUAUUUUGUUACGUGAUCUCCAUAAUGCACUAGACGUUGAUUUACGCAGAAAAAUAAUUGGUCCUAUUAUAUUUGAUGAAUUAAAUCCUUCUAAUUAUCCAGAUUUGUUAGUGAAGAAGAAAGAAAAGGAAGCACAACUGAAAAAUGAGAAAUUAAAGUCAACUGUAACACCGGACGUGAAGAAGUCGACCGACGAACUAGGUUUAUUUGAACUAUAUGGUGGUUAUGUGAAAAGCAAGGCCAAUAGACGACGUUUGUCUUAUAAAUCUAACCAUCCAUCUAAACGUCAAAGAAGAGAUAAUACAGAAGAAAAACCUUCUGCUCAUAUCCUAAAUGAAGAUGAAACUCGCGAAGAUUCCCAGUCAAUUGACUCAAUUAGGAAUAUAAUAAAAGAAUCUGAUGAAGAAGUUUCUUCUGAAGAAAUUUCUUCUGCUGAAGAGAAUGAAUAUGAAAAUAUAUACGACACUUCUGAUAUGGAAAUGAAAGAUAUUGCUGACGAGGAGGCUUCUGAACUCUUAACUCUAGUUAAAGAGGAAACUUCUGCGAAAGGAUCAAUUAUUCCUCCAAUAUCUUCUAAAAGUAUAUUUGCUCCAUCAAUUAGUGAAAUACCAUUACCAGUCUACGAAUACGAAGAUUUUGAAAAAGAUCCCUCAAAAGUUUUAUCUAUUUCUCAGUUCCAGGAUCUUAUAAAAGAUACAGAAGAUAUAAAAAUCCUAAAGAGCAUAUUAGAUACUUAUGAAACUAAGAAUAACUUUUCGCCUUAUUUAUUGGAAUAUUUAUUGUGGAAAUCUAAUGAAAAUAGGCAGAAUUUUGAUCAAGCUACUGCUUGGCAAACUCAACUUAACGGUGCACCGUUUGAUUAUAGUUUAUUACCAAAGGAUACUGCUUUCAAAGCUAAUGGAUUUUUUACUGUAUCAGACAAACACAAAAAUUCAUAUCUACCACACCGUAGAUCAUUACACACACCAUUAAAUACGGUCAACCAUCAUAAUGAAAGUUUGGUAAAACAAGACCAUAUUACUAAAGAGAGUUCAGUAGAACCCGAUUUCAUGGAUAAUAAUAACACAGAUGUAUCUUCUUCCAGAGUUAACAGAGCUAUGAAUAGACGUUUCCAACAAGAUAUUGAAGCACAAAAGGCAGUUAUUGGUAGCGAAUCAGAAUUGUUAACUUUAAACCAAUUGAAUAAACGUAAAAAGCCUGUCACCUUUGCAAGGUCUGCCAUCCAUAAUUGGGGUUUAUAUGCUCUACAACCCAUUGCAGCCAAGGAGAUGAUUAUUGAGUAUGUUGGUGAAAGAAUCAGACAACCUGUAUCUGAAAUGAGAGAAAUUCGUUACAUUAAGAAUGGUAUUGGUUCAAGUUAUUUGUUCAGAAUUGAUGAAAAUACAGUUAUCGAUGCGACAAAGAAAGGUGGUAUUGCAAGGUUCAUUAAUCAUUGUUGUGAUCCAAGUUGCACAGCAAAGAUUAUCAAAGUGGGGGGCAAAAAAAGAAUUGUUAUUUAUGCAUUAAGAGAUAUUGAUGUUAACGAAGAGUUAACCUACGAUUAUAAAUUUGAAAGAGAAGAAGAUGACCAAGAAAGAUUACCUUGUUUAUGUGGCGCUCCAAACUGUAAAGGUUUCUUGAAUUAG